AUGCUUCUCGUCACUUGCUUCAUCUUUGGCCUUUUGGGCAGCCUUACCUGGGCAGCUGGUCCUCGUGGCCGGAGCGUCUGUCCUUCUGGCACUUUUGCCUUUAAAGAUGGAAGCGAGUGGAGUUGCUACAAGUUCUAUGAGGAAAAGGUCACCUUUGAAGAUGCUGAGCAAGAGUGUCAGUACGAACGGAAAGGCCAUCUGGCAUCUUUCACAAAUGACAGGCAGGCAGCAAGCAUUGCUGCCUACCUCAGUAAGGAAAACAUAGAGGGUAAUUACGUCUGGAUUGGGCUCCGCCGAGAUGAAGGGUCCUCUCUGACUAAUGGAUGGCGCUGGGUUGAUGGAUCACGAUCCAGGUACAGAAAGUGGUACAGUUCCGAACCCAACAAUUGGUACUCCCAUGAGUAUUGCGUCGCUCUCUGUCCUCUAUCUGCAUACGUCUACUGGGUUGAUACAGGCUGUAGCAACCAGAAACUUCCUUUUCUCUGUAAAUGGAAACCUGCUUAA